AUGGAUUCCAAUUAUUCGAUUUUUUCUUUCCUCGAAUAUGAUCUACUACUCUUAUUUCUUACUCGACCAUUAACUUCUUCUUUAAAAAAAGGAUUCCAACAACAAAACUGCUUCCACAACUACGAAAAGCAAAUUUCUAUAUCUCGCAUCUACUUAAAUUGUGUGAAUAUGAGAAUCUCUUUCGUUGAAUUGAAAGAAUUUUCUAUUGAAUGGAAGAUGAUUUUACAUCAACAAGUAAAGGAAAAAAGAAAUUAUUUAGUACUUACUUUUGAUACUAUUUCAAAUUGCGUUGCUGUGUCAGAAGAAGGAUAG